UUUCAACCUUUUUUUUGACCUCCGUGAAUUAAUUUACCCUUAGCUGGAUAGUCAGUCAGUGCAGCAUACGAAAGAACGGCCAUGAUGCAAUUUGAUACCGAAGCCGGAUGUGAUGUUUAAUUGCCCAUUACCGUAUAUGGUUUUUUGCUGACUAAUAGUCAUCCCGAACAGGAUAGUCAAUCCUAGACAACCCCGAGAACGUGAGCACAUAUUAUACAGUAGAUCGCAGGAAGAAUUAACGAAAUGAGGAUCACAAAAGUACACUUUACUGAUCAACUCUUCAAUGCAAACUAUAAUUUUUUAUCAAAUCGAAAUUGUUUUUGAUAUUGUAAAAUCUAGCGCACAGGAAAUACGCUUGAACAUUAUCAACUGCAAAAUUAAAUUAUAGAUUUGAGUUAAAUUCCAGAGCGAUGGAAUAGUAAUUAUUGGUUAGGACUCUCCAUAGAAAGCUAGUAGCAGCAUUCAUUUCCUGUGACUACAUAGUAUAAAACGCUACAGCCAGGGCUUGUUCGAUUACCAAAGUUAGAACUGCUGUUCAUCAAACAAGCUUUCAGCAAAAUGAUGUUCACAAAUUUGUAUCCGUACGCUCUGUUCAUCAUAAGUGCAAUUGCACGGGACACUUUGGCGUGUAAGGACGGAUACUCCAUUAAAGUGAACAACAUCGAAAACUGUGCCGGUCCAGAUGGAAUUAUUACACUCACAGACGACGCCACCCUCACCAUGCAGGACGAUUGUUCUUUAGUGUUGGAGGGCUGUGUGAAGGUGAAAGACUUUAGCACAGCGGCCGGCACUAUCAGCGUGUCAAAGAAUGGAAAUGAAUUGUUUAAGAAACCGAUCGACCUCUGUAAAGCGGGAUCGAAGGUACCAUUUCUUGGAGACUUUCUUCCCGGUGGCGUGUGUCCUCAGAGUGAGAAUGAACUCUGUGCCGAUCCGAACAAGAAGAUUCCGCUGAACCGUUUCAAAAAGAUGCUUGGCAUUAUGAAAGGCUCAAUGGCGGUCGAACUAAACCUAGAUCACGAUUCGGGUAAAAGCUGCAUCAAAAUUGAAAUGGAGAUUUCGAAAUAAAUGUAAAUAAACAGACAAAGAGACGCUUAAUGGAGCAAUCAAAGAGACAUCAUGUAAAUUAAAUACGCAUAUGUGUAUUUUUUUGUUUGCAAACCCAGAAUUAUAAUUAUAAGACUAACCAUUAGCUCGGAAAUGUUCGGAAAUGUAAAAAAGGAAUUGUAUUUUAAUCUUUUCAUGUUAAAAAUAUGCCACCAUGG